AUGGGGUCGGAAUUUUUCUUUUUCGUUUUUCAUACAAAUGCACGUUCGAAAACGUUAUUUCUCCGAGCUAUAUAUAAAAAUCCAAAUAUCCGGGAGGAAACUGACAUAUCGCUGGAAGGACGCACAAGAGAAGGGUCUCGACUACGCGGACUGAUCAAGAAACCACGAGGAAAAACGAAAACACAAAUAUUCCACUCAUUCGAGAGGUUCGUAACAGCAGCAUAUUCCACCUGGAAUGACGAGGAAGCAUAUGGGAGUGCCUUUCACAAGCUUUGGAUAAAGCAGAGCAACGUUAUAGCAUAACAGAAAAUAAGAGCUAGGUAUUUUCCUUUGUACAAUCUUUCUCGUUUAAAAACAUGU